AUGAGAGACCCCCGAGGAAACCGCGUGCGAGUAAGGGAGCUGCCCUUCAACAUAAGAACCAUCGUCGCCGCAGCCAGGCGUGCCAAUCUUCUACCUUCAAGAAAUGGAACUAGAGGCUUUCAGCAGUCAAGAAGAAUCGCGACAGUAGGAGGCUUAGGAAGGACAGGAGGACCAAGCGGAACUCAGGCUCCCCAGACAAACGCAGAGUCAGAAAGUGGAGGAGAAACAAUUAAACAGAGAACUGUCAAUAUUGAGGUCAAUGUCCAAAGUCCGGACGCACCUGAACCAAGCCCCACACCCCAAAAUCCCAAUCCCACAGUUGCCAACCAAGGAAUGACCAAUCCAACGAUGAUAAACCAGCAGACUGGAUUUAUGAAUAAUAUAGGAGCAGGAAGAGGUUUCAACACGGCUUUUAAUCAACGGCAACAGACUAGAACUAAUAUGAUAAAUAGAUUGAACAGUUUUAAUCCGACUAACUCGGGAAAUGUUCGAAAGAAUGACAGACCAGCAGACGACACUAGCUCAAGUUCAUCGAAUUCAGGUGGAGGGAACAUCAACAUAGGACUUGGAAUUGGAAUUGGGUCAUCAGCGGCAGCUGUACCACCGAAACCAGCCACCACAAAAGCACCUGUUUCCAAUAACAUCGGAAACGUGUUAACCGUGGGUCAAAAUACACAACCUACCCCGACCAAUUCAUUUCAGCAAGGGAUUAAUAACCAACAAGCAAGGAGUAUUUCAUUUGAUCAAAAUGCUUUUUCAGGGGUACAACAAUCUGGGUUUCUCGGCAGUCCCCAAACUGGAUUUCCCAGCAAUCCCCAAACUGGGUUUCCCAGCAAUACUCCAACUGGGUUUCCUGGCAACCCCCAAACUGCAUUUCCUGGCAAUCCACAAGCAGGAUUUUCUUCAAAUGACCAGUCUGGUUUUCCAUCUAACACUCAAAUCAGCUUUCCAUCAAAUCAGCAAACUGGUUUUCCACCAAACAUUCAAUUUCAGACGAAUGUGAACAAUCCUUCUUUGCCAAACCUUCAAAUGUUUGACCAACAGCCUCCUGCGGUUUCGGGAUCUAUUCCCGCGAGCAAUUCGUUACCCUGGAAUACGUUUCCAUCAAGUACUGGAAACUUUGGACAAGACACAGGUUCUUUAGCAAACACUAAUACAUUCACAAACAAUAACCAAAAUAAUUUAUUUUCUAACAAUGCGCAACUCUUCAAUGUUAAUGGCAUGUCAAGACAAAGAAAUUUACGCCAGGAAACAAUUGACACAGUACAGUCAAAUCAAUUUAAUGCGGUUCAGCCUCUGCAGGUUAACAAUCUUGCUUCUAACCAGAAUUUCGCUAACUCUCAAAUGCUUAUUCCCCAAUCUUCAACAGGAGUAAUAGGAUCGGUCGUUGGUGGACUUGAUUCUGUUCAACAAAAUACUAUUCUUCAAAGUACUGGAACUGCUCUACCACCUAAUUCAUUUGGAAGUGGUGAUCCGACAAUUGGAGAACCAAUGAUAAUUGAUAAUGGUGGACGAACAACUGUUGUGGUAGACAAUAUUACAUUUACAGGCGUUCUCCCACCCGGACCACCCGUUUUAAAGACACAAGUUAUUAAUGGAAAAGGUUCAGUGCAUAUAAAUCCAGUGGCAUCUUCCCAGACAUCAACAAAUUCGUUUGGAAGAAACUUUCCGACACAACUGCAUUUCUCAAAUCCAAAUGACAUGAAUUCAAUUAAUCAGAACGUCCAACCGACUGCAGAAAAUAACCACGUGUUUCCGAAUCAAAAUUUAUUAGGAAUUCCAGGGACCCAAGGUACAAAAAGCCCUGUCGAACCUCAAAUGAACAGAGAUGCCUCAUUUGGAACUCCCACAUCCAUAUUUGUAAACACGUCAGGUCUCAUUAAUCUCACCAACUCUCGAGGGAAUAUGUCAUGGGUGUCCAAUAAUUAUACCAGUUUAGAUUCUAAUGCUACUAACCAUCCACAGAUGUUAGAUAUUUCAAUACCGCUUAACAUUAAUCCUACAUCGGCAUCUAGCACUAACAUAGCGGCUUCAGUGAUGGGAGUUAGUCUUGUAGGGGAUGUGGUAAAAAAUACCUCCUUGGGCAUCCCUUCUUUUCAUUCCACCAACGGGACUAUGCAUCAAGGUAAACAGACUUCUGAUGUACUAAGAAAUAAACUGCUACUAGACAUCAGUCCAGUCUCUUCACAGCCACACCGUCCUGUGAUGUCAACUCUCCCUAAUGUAAACUUGCAAGGAUUAUCAACAACAGUGCCUCCAACGAUCCUUUUGAAUGAUCUACAACCGCAAUUUGUUGAUGCCAUUUUACAGGACCCAACAGGACUACAUUCUCCCAAUACUGGAAACAUUACUGACCCUUUUGCUCAGAGCGAUGGUUUUCAGACAAACGUUCCAUCAAUAGCUUUCAGUAACGCUCAACCCACCGCCGUUGAUCCAAAUCCUCUGCCGGACGCUCAGUUUUUAGAGCUGCAACGGCAAGGUCAUAUUUUACACAUGCGUAGACUGGCGCUUUUGAAAAGAAGAGAGGAACAACUAAAUGCAUUAAGAAAUAAGUUACUUCUGAUGGAACUCGCAGGAAACCAAAGACAGCCAGUGCUACGAAAACCCUUAACGCAAGCUAAAACGCAAGAUCUUAAGAUCUUGGAGAACAUAAAACCAGUGGCUGCUGUUCCGAAACCUACUGUAUCUCCAACAGUCGCCUUCAUGAAUGUGGAUUCGCUGCGGAAUCUGAUAGAGGAAAUCCUACACGGUUUCUUCAAGAAGAAAAAUAUCAUUCCAACAGGAUUACCAUUUCCAAUCAGUGGAGGUGUGAGGGGUUUGCUUACAGUCAACAGUAACACAGCAGAUCCAACACUAAUCCCACAGAACUCAAAUUCUUCACAAUUGAAUGUUACUUCAGUUCAUAUAAAUACAUCAUCACCAAUAAUUCUGUCAACGACGUCAGCCAACACCAGUGUUUUACCAACGACGAAUCCUAUUCCCGCUCCUAAAACAGAGCCCAUGCCUUCCCCUGUCACAGAUUCCAACCCCGCUCCUAAAACAGGGCCCACUUCCCCACCUGUAACAGAUCCCAAUAUCAGUCCAGUGACGGACCCUAGCGUACAUCCUGCGGAUGUUGGUGUGGUUUCGACUACAAACAUUCAGUCAACUGGAACAAUUUCAACAACAAUUUUACCUUCCUCAACUACAGUUCUCUCCCCGUCUUCAUCUCCUGUGAUAAUGGACAGCGUUGGGAACAGUGUAGGGCAACCAAAUCUCUCCGGAAAAAAACGGAAUACAUUUUUUCCAGGAGGGAUAGCUGUACAUGCUGAAAUGUCUACUUUCCAAACGCCACAUAUCAAAAACUUUCAGCGAUCUACGCUCCCGCCAAAACCAUGGAAUUUCGAUCUUAUUCGUCAUGGAGUACAUCUUCCCGGAACAGCCCGGGGAAUUGUCUCCAGCAUUCCGGAGCUGGUUGGCGGAGUUCUAUCUAGUACCAACGCCAGAGUUAUUGCUGAACAUAAUCGACCACUAGAUAGUUCAAAUUUCAAUUUGCAAUUUAAUCGUCGUCUCCAGGACGUAGCGAUGACACCAAAUAUCGGAAUACCUCGUGGGCAGCCUGGUGGGGUUCCGGUCUUCCCUAUGCAGUAGUUCCGGUCAAUGAUGAUGACGUCAUAGCAACUAAAUCCGUUCCUGAAAUGAUACAAAGAAUGAGAAAUGACGCAUGGCAAGCAGCAUACAAACGUCUCUAAAAAUUCGCCAGUGUACAUGUUCAUUUCACUUCUCGAUAUACAUGCAAUCGGUUCUUGUGUAAACCGUUCCAAUUCCCUCAAUUACAAUUCAUGACGAAAUGCAUGUAAUCGAUCUGUAAAUUUUCUUUAAGUGAUGUUACAGAACGUGGGACGUAAAACUAAAUAUAGUAGCUUUCAUCCUCACCUAUCUUAUAGCAUUGUGGUAUACUCAUUACCAUUUGUCAUCUUUCAUACUUCAUAACCCAUCGUGUCCCACAUGUAUAACCUAGGAGUGUAUAGAGAGAAUCGACUUAAGGAGAAAAAGUGCGAAACAAAUUGAUAUUGUAAAUAUGACAUCCUCUAUACCGUGUCAUUUGAAUCACAUGGCUGUGUUCGUAUCGAAUUUCUCAUGUGAAAAAAUGUAUUUUAAGAUCUUUAUAUUAUAUCACAAACAAUUGUAAGCGCAUUCAUGAGAAAAUUAAGGUCUCCUUGAAGAUAAUAAA